AUGUGGAUGCAAAGACCAGCUGUGAUCAAUUGUCCUCCGGGCCUUGAGUACUUGACCCAAAUUGACCAAUUGCUGAUUAAGCAGGUGAUUGAUGCUAUCGAAACAUUCGUGCCUUAUGAAGUGCAAAAUCGCUAUACCUGCUACAACACAUUGGGACAAAGUGUAUAUCGAUGUUACGAAGAAUCUGACUUUUGUUCACGUGCAUUCUGUGGAGCAUCAAGACCCUUCGUAUUACAUAUUUUAAACAAUAAUAACUCUGAAGUUAUCCGUGCAAUUCGACCUUUUCGAUGUGAUUGUUACCCUUGUUGUUCGUGUUUAGAAUGUUGUCAAGAGGAACUUGAAGUUCAGUCUCCAGCUGGAAAUUGUAUCGGCUAUGUGAAACGAGUAUUUAGUGGUUGUAAUCUUGAUUACCACAUUUUGGAUAGUAACCAGAGUACAGUUCUGCAAAUACAUGGUCCAUCAUGUUGUUUUUGUGAAUGUUUAGGAUCAGAUAUAAUAUUUAAGGUAACUUCUGCUGACGGUACUGUCGAAAUAGGUAGAAUUACGAGAAAAUGGAGCAAUAUUGUCCAAGAAUUCUUUACUGAUGCAGAUAAUUUUGGAGUUUCUUUUCCGAUGGACUUAGACGUGAAAGUAAAAGCGAUUCUCUUAGCUGCUGUUUUUCUAAUUGAUUUUAAAUAUUUUGAAAAGAAGCCAAAACAAUCAAAUUUUUCGUAG